GUGUCCCUGCCCCUCCAGGCCAAUUCCCAGGAGCUUGUGUCAUGCAAACUAGUAACAGGACUCUAUCAGCUGGGUUUCUACAGUGGGACUUUGUUUGUGACCCUAAUGAGUGUGGACCGCUACCUGGCCAUCGUCCAUGCAGUAGCAGCCAUGCGUGCCCGGACACUCUGCUAUGGGAUCACAGCUAGCAUCAUUAUCUGGGUUGUAUCUGUCAUCAUGGCCAUCCCUCAGGUUGUAUUUGCCAACGUGGAGAAUGAAGAAGGCGUAAAGCAGUGCCAGCGGCUAUACCCACAUGAGAGUCAGCAGUUUUGGAAAAUGCUGCGAAACUUCAGUGAGAACUCAGUGGGUCUUUUUGUCUGCCUUCCCAUCAUAAUUUUCUGCUAUGUGAAAAUCCUUCUUGUGCUUUCCAAAUCCAGGAACUCCAAUAAGGGCAAAGCUGUAAAGCUGAUAUUUACUAUAGUGUGUGUGUUUGUGGUGUGCUGGGUUCCCUAUAAUGUCAUGAUAUUCCUUGAGACGCUGCAGCUAUUUGAUAUUCUGAACACCUGCGAGGCUUCAAAAACCAUCAACUCUGCCUUGACCUAUGCUGAGAUUAUUGCACUCUCUCACUGCUGUGUAAAUCCAGUCAUCUAUGCAUUUGUAGGGGAGAAGUAUAGAAAAUCAAUGGGCAAAAGCUCUAGGGACCCUAAGGAAGUUACUGAUGAAAAAGGAAGAAGGAACAACUGUGGUGACAAACUGUCUGACGCCACCAAAACCACUGGGCCCUAUCUCAUGAUACGGCUGGGGUUGUUAAUCCUGAGAAUCCUCAUCAUGGGCUGUCUCAAGGUGGAAAUUCGAUCCUCCUUAUGGAGGAGAGCUUAA